AUGCGGCACAGGGUGAGCGAUCAGGGUAUCGCAGAUCUCUUGGAUAUGCAGAGCAUCAUAACCCCCGGUCGUGCACCAACAUCAAAGUACCUUCUUCUGAAGACUUUAGGAGCUGACGUCCCUGGUGCAGAGAAGCAUUUUUACUGCAUGGAUUGUCUAGGGUAUUUAGGUAAAUCAACCCCUGAGGGCCAGGCUCAUUGCGAAAACUGUGAACGGGAUGUAGAUAUAGUGUCUUGCCCUUUCUUUCUUGUGAUGCCUCUGAAGGAGCAAAUCGAACGGAUCCUAGCACAGCAAAACCUCAAAUGGCUCCCACAAAGCAACGGAGCUAGGAACACGAUUGGAGACGUAAAGGAUGGCAUUGAACAUGCCAGACUUUCGGCUGAUUUCUCAACUCAUGACAUCUCCCUGCUUUGGAAUACAGAUGGGAUCAGGGUGUUUGAGAAAUCAAGCUUUGAUAUCUGGCCUGUUCAGUGCGAAAUUCUUCAAUUGGACCCUGCAGUGCGGAAACAGAAUAUGUUGAUGCCUGCCCUGUGGUUUGGGUUUUGUAAGCCAAACAUGACUACUCUCCUGACACCCUUUACGAAGGAACUGCAAGAGCUUUCUACAGGAUUUUCUUGCGUGAAAGAUGGAAAAACGGUUCACAUAAGAGUGUUCGCAGCUGCAUGCUCGGUGGACGCCAUUGCUCGCUCUGCAGUGCGGAACUGUAAACAGUUUAACGGCUUUUAUGGCUGUGGCUGGUGUUACCACCCAGGGGGUUCCAGCUAUGAGUACUUGGACCCUCCUCCAGAGCGCAGGACAGCUGUCAAGCAUCUGGAAGAGGCAACAAGUGGUACCUCCUCAGUGCCCGCCAAUGGAGUGAAAGGCCCUUGCAUUGCAAUGACCCUUCCUCGGUUUGAUGUGGUAGACGGUUUUAUACCGGACUACCAACACUGUGCAUGCCUUGGUGUUAUGCGUCAGUUGCUCAAACUGUGGCUAGAGAGUGAGUACCACGAGUGUCCGUGGUAUAUCGGAACAAAGUUGCCACAACUGAACGGUUUGCUUCUGGCUCUCUCCCCACCGACAGAGAUUACCCGCACUCCAAGGAAGUUCGAAGACAGAGCUUACUGGAAAGCGUCGGAGUUGCGGGCACUGAUGCUUUUCUAUGGUUACAUCGUGUUGAAGCCCAUUUUGCCACUAACCUUUUUUAGACACUUCUCAUUACUUUCGUAUGGGAUGUACCUGUUGCUGAAAGACGAUAUUUCAGAGCGUGACCUCACGGAGGCACGGGCUCUGCUAGAGAAGUUUGUGGUGCAGAUGGGGACAUUGUAUGGCGAGACCAAUGUGUCAUACAAUGUCCACCAGCUCCUUCACCUGACAGACUCUGUGGAGGCUUGGGGUCCGCUGUGGGCGACGUCCUGCUUUCCUUUUGAAGGGCGGAAUGCCAUCCUCCUCAACUACUUUGCAGGCACACAGUCUGUCGCUGAGCAGAUUGCCAGAACUUUUAUUUUGUGGCAGAACCUUGUUCUCUGGGCAGAGAGGAUAGAGAUGCCUGAAGGAAGGGAAUUUUUUGAAAGGAUGGUGGGUCGGCAGACUAUGGGGAGGAGUGGGGUAAAGCUCCCUGGCGGCAUAGUUGUUUACCGACGUCAGAGUUGCUCUGGCGUCAACAUUAGGAUGGAGGUUGUGUUGGAGAAUCACCUGGGAGUCCUGCCACCACAAGUCAAGUACUACCACCGUUUUCAGUGUGGCGGGAUUCUGUGGCACUCGGAGAGCUAUUGCAUGCCUAAGAGAGUUAACUGCGUAGCUGAGCUUCAAGAUGGUUCCAUUGGAAUUUUGCAAGCGCUCGCUGUGUUUGAAGGGAGCCCUCUGCACCAGCAGCCCCAGUGCUUAGUGCUUAUCGAGAAGCUCGAGCUGGUGCGGAGUGCUGCUUUCAGGGACAAUCAGCUCGGUAUUUGCUUCUCAGCUGUUCGAGAGGGGACACGAGCAGGGGUGGUAACAGCAUGCAGUCCUGACACUCUGAAGAGAAAGUGUGUGGUUAUGGAGCGAACCACUACAAGUUUCCUUGUUGUGGCCCUCCCCAACCAAGUUGAGCGUGAUUGAGUGUGUAUGAUAACAGAAGUGUGCUCCAAGAACUAAAUUUCCACAGAUAGUAGAAUCUUUUUAGGAACAAAGCAUGAGCAUGUGUUUUCAUAAUAAUUUCCAGCCAGAAGUGGGAUGCUGAACCCAAAUUUUGGGGGGAAUAUCUUGGUUGCAGUCACCUGUAUAGCUCGUCAGAUAUUCAUAAACCUCAUCACUCUAAAGGGGCCCUGCGACGACUUUUUGACUGUUU